AAUCGAGUUUUAAAAAGUCACAAUUCGCAACACCAUGUUUUGACUAAUUUAGUCAAUGCUUGUUCGUUUCCUGCAGUAGUACAACAAAUUUCAUUUUAUGCACGGGUUACAGAAAUUUAGAUAUAUUUAUAAAUAAACAGGGGGCCCCUCUGAGUUAGGGUGUUACAUUCCAUCCCUACCUGGAAUGGAUCCACAGCAACAGUUCUGUCUUAAAUGGAAUAGCUUUGGAAGUAACUUGGUCACAGCUUUUGAUCACUUGUUCAAAUCUGAAAGUCUCACAGAUGUCACAUUAUUCUGUGAAGGAGUUACUUUCAAGGCGCACAAGCUGAUACUGGCGGCAUGCAGCAAACACUUUCAGGAGUUGUUCGAGGCGGCGGCCCCGCACGGUGGGGCGGGUGGCGGGGGCGGGGUGCUGGUUAUUCUGGACGGCACCUCGUCCACCAACAUGUCGGCGCUGCUCGAGUUCAUGUACAAGGGAGAGGUGCACGUGUCACACGACAGUCUAUCCUCCUUCCUGAAGGCGGCCGAGUGCUUGCAGGUGAAAGGUCUAUCGAUAGAGCCCGAGAAACUGGCGGUGGCUCACACUCACGUGACACCGUUGGAGCCAAGUCCACAAGCCACAUCACAGCAGAUGGACUCACCUAGCCACAACAACAAUAACAACAACAACAGCACUCGUGCCAACAACACACUGAGCAACAGCAGUAAAAUGCUCAAGACCACGUGCACCAUGCUACCGCUGAAGGAUGACGAUCGGGGUGGUGGAGAGGGGGGUGGAGGGGGAGAAAUGAGGGAGAGAGAACACCCUCCGUCCUACUCGCCCUACCACAAUAUGCAGCAUCAUCAGUACGUGUAUGAGAGCAGUGCGUCCGCCGCAGCCGCCAGUCAGCAGCCGCAGGCGGAAAAUCGGUACGAGCCGCAUCCGCGCAAGCGGGCCCACCUGCGGUCGUCGCCGGCUGCGGCUGCGGCCGCCGCCGAUUCGGCAGCCAUACGCGCGUCUGUGCUAAGGGAUGGCAGUAAACAACAGGCACAGACGCAGCCGCCAACUAGCACUCCGUCCGACUACAGCUCUCCGCCCCCGGGCGGUGGGGGCGGCGAUUACAACUCGUCGUCGUCGCCCGCUGCAGCCCCGCCCCGCUACAUGGACGGGGGUGGAGGUGGUGGUGGAGGGGAGAGUGCCGCCGCCGCCAUUACUGCUGUUGUGACUUCAGCUGCUAAUGCCGCCUAUGACAGAACUGUUGCUGUGGAUGAACCGCCCGCCAACACUCAGGACCAACAUCACAUGUGGCAGCCUCAGUCUGCUUGUCCUGAAGAUUUACGGAUUAAGAGCGAACCGUCGAGCGAUCGAGAAAGAGACCACGAUAGGGAACGGGAACGUGAGAGGGAACGAGAGAGAGAACGUGAACAGAGACAGCAGAGGAUGAAGAAGUCGUCGUCCGACUGGAUCGGCUACGGCGGAGGAGGAGGAGAGAGAGGAGAUGAAAGAGGAGGAGGAGGCCCCCUACCACAACCCAGUGACAACAACUCAACAUCAUCCACAACAACAACAACAACAACGCCUCCUGACAUUGCAAUGUGGAACUCAGGAACAACAAGUACAAAAAUUGCGCCCACCUUCAAGACGGGCACGACUACCUCAACACCUGAUGGCAAGAAACUGCAAUGCCCGUUCUGCGAGCGACUGUACGGCUACGAGACGAACCUGCGCGCGCACAUCAGGCAACGGCACCAAGGCAUUCGCGUGCCGUGUCCGUUCUGCUCGCGAACGUUCACGCGCAACAACACGGUGCGCCGACACAUCCAGCGCGAACACAAGAACGAGCUGAGUCUGAAGGCGCUUCAGGCGCAACAACAGCAUCCGGGCGCAUUUGUCGCCGCUGCCGCCGCGGGCGCUAGUGCCGCCGCCAUGGACAUUGGCGGCCACAAUCACAGUGGCGGCCAGUAGACACCGCCAGCUCAGCAGCGCCGAGUCCAUCUCUUAGCCUUGUGCAAGUUUUGAUCUAUUUCAUCUUGACUCAGGGAGAUAUUGUUACAAGGUUAAUUGAAGGAUCGAUUCUAUCUGUUAGCCUUGAUUCUAGUACAAGAUUAGUUGGUAGGUGAUCCAUGGAUUGAUUCUAUUCAUCAACCUUUACUCAGGGAGAUUGUAAUACAAGGUUGAUUGAUAGAUGAAUCAUGGAUUUAUUCUCUGUAUUAGCCUUGACUCAGGGAGAUAUUGUUACAAGAGAUGUCACUGACAUAGAUUCUGUUUAUUGGCCUUGUCUCAGGGAGAUUCUUUUUCAAGGUUAAUUGGUAGAUCAAUUAUAUCUAUUAAAUUGGCUCAGGGAGUUAGUAUUACAAGGUUAGUUCAUAGAUGAAUCUAGGAUUGAUUUUAUUUGUCAAUCUUCACUCAGGGAGAUUGUAUUACAAGGUUGAUUGAUAAAUGAAUCCUGGAUUGAUCCUAUCUAUUCAAAUUUACUCAGGGAGAUUCCAUCACAAUUUUAAUAUUCGAAUUUAUCCAACAUCUUUCUAUUAGUUAACUUUGACCUUGGAAUAUUCUAUUAUAAGGUAGAUCGAUUCUAAUUAUUGAGUUUGACUCAGGUACAUUCUAUUACAAGGCUAAUACAUGAAUGAAUCCAAUAUCCUUUCAACUGAUUCACCUUGAUUCUAGUGCAAGGUUGAUAGAUGGACGAACCUGACUCGGAUGGCGGGUGAAGGGGACUGAAGGCUGUCGGAGGGACAGGUAGCGGAUGGAUUAUUGUCGGUUGAGUCCGACUACGACUGCCGUCCGUUGCCGCACGACUGACGUCGUUUGUCGAACGUGACGUGACGUUUGUGUGUCCGGACCCUGACAGGCUAGGAGUGAUGUUACUGUAGACCUGCAGGCUGACAUUACUAAGGAUUAAUGUUACAAUUGUAGAUUGAGAGAUGUUGCAGUGUACCAUGCAAUGCUGUAACUGAUAUUAGAACAAACAGAAAGUGUACUGUAACAUUCCAGUACUUGAAAACUAAGCAAAUAUACUGUAACAAGUAACAUAGUGUGUUUUCAAGGACUGCAGUAAGCGUUAUAAGCUUAAGGUCUGCGUAACACAGGCGAACGUUACGUUACGUCCGCAAACCACACAGACCCCCGACAUCUCCCCUUUACCCCCACUCAACGGCCACAAUUCAAACCAUACAAAAUACCUCAUCAGAUCUUUUUUAUUGUCGCGCUUUACUACUGUAGGUGAAGAAGAUAAAGAAGAAAACUAUAUAUUUAAAGAGUAACUAUUAUUAUUACGAUUAUGUGAAUUUAUUAUUAUUCAGAGCAUAAAAUACGAGAUAAUAUUAUAAUAUACAUACGUUGUUAUCACCUUCGCGCGUGCUAUGAUGGUGACAUAUGUUGAUCGUCUUUUUUGUUUUUGUCUGUUUUAUUUGAUUUUUACAUAUUUUUAACUGUCACUGCUCUCUCUCUCUCUCUCUCUCCCUCUCGCUCUGUCUCUGUUAACCACCCCGUUGCCAUGUUCCGCUGCUUCCCCCCUCACAUCACAUUAGGUAGGAUUUCCUUCCAAUUGGGAGAAAAAACUUCUAAGAUUGUGUGUGGGUUAUCAGGGUAGUAUUGAAGAAAAAUGUCUUGAACACGUAUUGGCACUUGGUCGUUGUUUCUAUUGAACGCGCCCCGUGUUUUUUGUGAAAUUUGUUAGUGAUUUUCUCACAUACUCUCUUUGUAAAACAAUAACUGUAGGUUUUUGUACUCAUAAAAUAGAAUAUGUAAUAUUCUACAUUAGUACAAACUCUACAGUAAGUAUGUCAAGUUGAAGGUACCGUAAUUUGAAUAAUUUACCAAAAUAUUGUGUAUUUUAGUAUACAACAAAAUUUGAUCGAUUGGCCAACUUUACUUGAAUGUAUAAUUCUUUCGCGUAAUUUUUAUGCGAAUUAUGGAUUAAUGUACUCACUCUUUCAUCUUGAGUUGGCAAAAACUGUAAAAAGUAUUAAAUUUCAAAAAUAUUUCUUAUUUUGCUUUGACCUGUGACGGCUUGAUUUUCAUGCUUUUAACCCUAGUCGAUGUCUAUCUAAUAGACUGCUACAUAUUGAAAUAUGUUAUUAUUUUCGCAAUACUUAAUACCUAUUUAUAGUUUUUAAAGCUUUAUUUUCUCCAAUGAAUAAAAACUUGAAUCAGCAUUGUUCAACAAUGCAAACUAGAAUAUCGUUUAUUUAUUACAAUCAUUGACUAAUGUCAAAUUUUGAUGUAUUUUUUGUGAAAUAUCUUGUCAGAGUCCCGUACUACGUUAUUGUAAGCUAACUGUUUAAAUUGUAUGGCAAUUAAACCCAUUUUGUAGUACAGUUAUUCAAUUGUGAAUACAUAAUCUACAAUCCUAUUGAUGAAAAUGUUUUUACAAAAUUCUCAACCUAUGUGACCAUUUAAUGGUAAUGCGGAGUAUAAUUCUUAUUCAUGGGCAAAAGUUUUUCAAUCUCAAAAAUUUCUAACUUUUGUGAGCAUUAUUUGAGGAAACUUUUUACAUUCGAAUAUUACUCUGGUCUACACGCACACAAUCGUUCAUCUUCUCUGUUCUGUCUUUCUCUAAACAUCACAAUGAAAAUACUCAGUGCUCACAUGAAAUGUGAGAGAAUUAAGCAAACUAGUCAAUCGAAGUGCAACCAUCAACCGUUCUAUUCUAGAUUCUCUUCAAUAAUUCUAUUCUUUAUAAAUAUAUUAUAUAUCAAACCCUGUUGUGUAUAAAUAAAAUAGUGAUAGCGUGCGUUUGCGCUAUAGUGUGUAUUAUGAUGAUGAUGUUUUGACAAUGCUACCGCGUUCAAACUCAGGAAGUCACUUUAUGUAAUAUAUAUGUAUAAGCGCGGUGGUUUUUGUUGACACUAAUGUUUCUAAACUUCUAUCUCAUCCAUCUUCCUACCUCCUCCCCACCCCCCUCUCAACCCCCACCAGAUGUUCAAAAUAAUACGAGGUGCUUUCAAAAAGUAUCUACUUCCGUUGAAGAGUCGUCAAUUUUCAAAGUGGAAUUUGGCUCUCAAUUUUUCAUGAAUGAAUAUUUCAUUUAUUCAUCGAAUGUUUAUAGUGGACAACGCUAAACAGCCGCUAGUUGGACUUCUGGGAGGAAGUCUUGUAGUUAAACUAUAUAAUUCUGGCUAUAGUAAUACUUGCGGCUGUUAACACGUUGCUAGUCAGUUGAGUAUUUCUCUAGAUAUAGAUAUAUAGAUCUUGCAAUCUGUCCACUUUCACUCGACAAUAUGGUUUGUUGGAUAGAAUGAAACAGUUUGAGAAUCAAUGUACCAACUAUUACUACAUAGUUUGACGUUGUAAUUAAGAUUUGCCAAUAAUUGAACAUUUUUUGAUUGGAUUCAGAAAGGUUGAGCGGUUCUGGGUUGUUUUAGUUGGUGGGGAAUUGAGAAUUUAUCAUAUUUUCUUUUAAAGAUUUCCAGAUGGUUCAAAAUCUCUGUUGGAGUUGCAAACUAUGAAACUAGAUAUUUUCCGGAACAACCUAUUCAAAAUAUGCCUAGUUGUAAAAAGUUUUUUAUUAUUCCGUUGGUAAUUUGGAAGUCAUCAGACUUGAUUGUAAUUAAAUUGAUUUGAAAGGUAUUUCAACUGUGAUGUUUUCCAAACUAACAGAUCUUUCUACCUUGAAAUAGCAAUACUCAAUUUAUCAAUCGAUUCAAAUAUUAUUUUUUAUCCAUUUGAGACAAAGGUAAGCUAUUCUCAGACAAAGCUUAGUAGUAAAGAAUGGUUGGGAUCUACUUUGGUCAAAGCUGAGCGAAUUUUCAAUAAAUCAAUCCUAUUGCUCUUGAAUAAUGCAAUCUACCAAACAAUGUGCUCUUAUCUUGUCUAUCAAGUUUGCAACUGAAUACUUGAAAACCAAUUAUAAUAUUAAAUUCAAUACUUACAAUCUUGAAAUUAAUAAAAAUCAUAAAUAAACUUUACGGAAUUAGGCUGUGUCAGCCGUAAAUUUGAAAAUGAAUUCUAGAUUUAUGAAAUCAAAAUUCAUAACAUGUUUUUAAAUGUUUUAUUAUUCUAAUUUUUUUUAAUUGUUGAUAUCUUACUACAGUUUUUCUAGCCCCAUCUCCUAACUGCAACUUACAGAACCGCCUCUCAUGGAAAAAACGCAUUUGAACGAUGAUGACAACUCUUUGAAAACCACUUAACUCCCAAUCUACUUUUUGUCUAGGAAAUUCAAAUUUUAUAAAAUAUAUCCUCCGCUAAAAAAUACAUCAAACCUGAUUCUCUUCACUUCAAGUUUCUUACACAAGUCUACUUCUAGACAUCUACUGUCCUGUAUCCGUUCCUUCCUCACCUACCUCCUACUCAAUCUAAACAACCCCCCCCCCCCCCAUCAACCCACACUCUUCAGAGAGCGAGCACCCUAUCCCGCCCUUAAUUUAUAUAAUAAUUAUUAUAACGGAUAUAUGAAUAUAUUACUCUCAGGUAGAUCCGACUGUACAACACUUGUAAUAAUCAAUAGUGAUAGCAUUUUUAUUACUUGAUCAUUUCUGUUGAACCGUGUUAGAUAAUUAUAAUUAAUUAUUACCGCAGCUGCCAGCUUGCCAGCGAAAAACCGCUUAAUUAUUAAUGAACUCAAGUACUGAACUCAAGUCUCUGUGUGUGUAUAUGUAUAUAUAUAUAUGCCGUAUACAAUAGAUUAAUACAUGUAUGAUAUAUUUAUAUAAUGCAAUGAUGUGGAAACAACUACGGUUGAGACAAGACAGCUUUCAACGGUUGAAUAUUGCGAAUUGUUGGUGUGAGUUUUUUGGAAUUCUUGUUGUUCAUUGUAUUGUUCCCAACACGCCGCUCACAGACGGGUAUUUAAAUUAUAUUUAUUAAAAGAGCGACUGUUGGAAACGAUUAUAAACGACAGAAAUUUGAUUUUUUGAUUUACUGUAUGUGUGAGGUGUGUGUGUGUGAAACGUUUGUUAGGAGAGUAAACGGUGUUACUCUUGUAUUACUUGUGUGUGUGUGUGUGUGUGUGUGUGUGUGUUGAUGUAUGCAUGUGUAGUGGUUGAUUCGAAACAUAUAUUUUGUUUUACAGAAAUCCCCUCUUUUAAUCUGCCUUUGAAAUACUUUGUUUUUGUUAUACAUUUUUUAGUUAGUCUUUCUCAGUUUUUUACCGUUAUAUCUUCUCUGUUUCUGUAUAGAUUUCAAGUUAUAGUGUAUUUCUUGCUUUUUAAAUCAUAAUCAAGAUUCCCAACUUUUGAAGAUAAAUCAUGAUAUUUCAUCGAUUUUAGAUGAAUUUACUCAUACAACGUUUUUUAAAACAUCGUCAAUUUUAGAUUCCUGGCGAUUAACUUCAAUACAGAUUAUUUAUGCUGACCUUCAAAUCUAAAGUGCUUUCAAACUUGGCUUCCUAAAUCUAAAUUGUUAUGCAAUCGCCAUUUUUGGCGAUUCCAAUAAAAUCAAUACUCAUAUUUCCUUAGAGUAAUGAAAAUUUUAUUUCUGUCAACAUUUAAUUUUUCAUAAGAACUACAUCUUAAAUAUUACCUAGUUGAUAUUGACUAUUGAUUCAUUAUUUUCUAAAUAACAUAUUUUCUAGAUAGAAAUUAGCAAUUUCCAGCUAUUCGAAAUGUAAGCAACCUAUAUCUAGUAAAACUUUAUGAUAAGAAAAACUAAUUCUGUAAUGAACUAAAUUACUGAAAAAUUGAUAGCUAAACUAACAGUUGAACUAAAAAGCUAUUUCUGAAAAUCUUCUUCAAAUGAAACCACAUGAAGCUCUUCAUCACAAAUAUUAAUUUAUGUUACUUUAAUUCAUCUUGCUGUGACUGUCGCUAGAAAUCGUUCAUAUUUUCAAUUAUUCAACUACUCUUUUGUUUCCGAGUUUCCAGUAAACUGUUCUUUUCUUUGUAAACUCACCCAGCAACUCGCAAUUGGAAACGUGAAUACACGAAUAGUCUCAACGAUCACAAUACAAUAAUUAUUAUAAAUGAAUGAUGAAUAAUGAAUAUUCAUCGAUGAUGAAUAAUGACGUCAACCAACACACCUUGCUUGAUUGCCUUUGAUAUAACUGAUGAUAUUUAGUGCCUCAUUUACAGUAAGUUUGUAUAAUUUUAGAUAACGACGAUAUUAUAGUAUCGCUGGCAAGCUGUCGACUGCAUGUUGACUGUGACUGGAGCGAUUUGCGGCCCAAGCCGAUCGCUAGCUGGGGUCCCUCCCUCCCCCCUUAGCAGAGGGCCCCUUCCCCCGACCCCCCAGACCACCCGUUGUUGGAUAGAGCUCGUCUAGUACAAUUUACCUCACAAAAGUGUCUUUGUUCUGCUGUGGGAUACUUUGCUCUGAGCGUUUGUUGUUCUCUCUGCUUUUUUUGUAAUAAAUAUGCAUUUUAACUAUUAUUACUUUACUACACAACAUAAUAUUGCUCACAUGAUAAUUUUUUAUGCAACAUACCACUACACGAUUAUUUUAGUAGAAUUUUCUAAUAAUAGAUAAUUAUUAGUAUUCGCGAACUCAGGAAUUUUUCGACAAUUUAUUUUUAGCUGUAACUGUACACUCACUAUCAACCAACGAAUAUCCUCAUUGUAAUUUGUUUUGCGUGCAAAAACUUCCCCAAAUACUUCAUCACUACCAUUCUUUAUUUUCUCAUUUUCUCUCGUCUAUCUGUGUGUAUAGUUUUUGAAAAAUCUUCUAUUUUCUCGGCUCUAAAUCGUUGUCGCACGACUGUACGCUGUUUCGUGUACAUCUACCACCUAAACGCGAAUGAUUUUUUUUUCAAAAUGCUCUUGACACGCGUACGCGACACAAUUUUCUUUUAUUUUUCCACCAUUUGCAAUUUAGUCACAAGAAGGAAAAUUGAUGAAAAAAAAUUGGAGGCGUAAAAUGUACUUGUGUGUUGUACACAUAUUUGGAUGUAUUGGAAAAAUAUAUAUUAUAAAUAUAUUGACAAAAUAGUAACAGGUUCGGCACUUGAAAUUGAAACUAUUAUCACUCGUAAUUGAUUGUAGCCUGUUCCAAAUCUAUUUUAAUGUUAAAUUGUAUUAUUCUAUGUGAACUAAAUGUUAUAUGGUAUUGAAAUUUAUGUGUUGGAAGAGGAACUCUGAUGUGUUUUCUGAAUACGAAACAUGUAUUUGAUUUGAUUUCGUUAUUACUGCAGAUAAAAUGUGACAUACGUUAACAUUUUAGAACAAAAUGUAAUUAUACUCAAACUAUGAAGCACAUUAUUGUGUUAUUGAUGCUGGUUAUUGAUAUAACAGCAAAGAUAUCCACUCAGGUCCAUUCAAGUCUCAGGUUAUUCAGGUCCAUUCAGGGCACACUCAGGUAUUUUGUUCUUUCAUAUUUGUAGUGUUAGUGAUUGAAACAAUCAGGGAUUGAAUCAGGUCAAUAAUUAUAAUAAACUUCGCUUAACUAUUAUAUUUGUCACGGGUAAAAUCUGAAAAUUUAUUAAUUUUAUUUCAUAGCAUUUUUAUGAGUAGGUUUAAUUCAUCCCUAGGGCUUACCCGGAAGUUGAUGGAAAUAUUUUGCUCUCUCAUGUGAUUUUUUUCUAUACUUUUCAUAAAUUUUAUUCCUUUUUCUUCAAUUUAUUCGUUGUAUCUACCUCUUGGAUUUUUAAUUAAUUUUUUACCUACUACUCUAUUUUGAAACAGAUAAUUUUUUGUUUUAAUUUCAUUAUUAGCUAAAUAUCAAAUUGUGUAAUAUUUCUUUUUAAAAGUCCUCAAAGUCUCCAAAGUCCAUUCGAAUAAUAAUAAUAAUAAAAAACUUUCAAAAGAUUCUGGUAGAAAGAUUCACAUUUCUCAUAAUUUCUGGGCAAGCCCUUGCAUUCAAAUACGUAUUUUAUAGUACAUUUGAAUUAUUUAGUAUUGUUAUAAUAUUUAGGCUAUUAGUAUUAGUUGUCCCUCAGUUUUUUAGACUUGUAUCUCUAUUUUUCAUUCAAAGAUAGUUUCGUUUUUAUUUUCACUCUACAAUUUCACUAUUAGAGCUUAUGGCUUUGGUUUCCAUGUUAACCACCUCUCAUUUAUUAACAUUGUUAUAUUUUCUACCUUGAUACUCUGCAUAUUAUAACAUAGUACAAAGCUAUCUACCUCACUCUUGAUUGUGUGUUAUCUAUUAUAAACUUUACUGUAAUUUAUAUUCAUAUUCAAUAAACCUUGGUAGAUUAGUUUAAAUAAUCAUGGUCCACUUCAUCAUCUUUUAUAUUAUUACUCUUAUUAAUGUUAUCUUUAGUUACUCCAGAUUCUACUAUUAUAUUAUUGUUGUUAGUGUAUUGAACACAUGUAUUGUUAUCGUAUAUGCACCGGUUUUUUUAUCCUUAUACUCCUUAUUGAGAUGAGGUUUUACAAUAUUUAUACGGAGAAUAUUCAAACAAUUUGAAUUGCAAUAUUACAUCAUAUUAUAUAUAAAUAUAUUUAUAAAAUAUUUACAGGUUGCCCUCAGGUUUAAUUUUAUAAUUUAUUAUUAAAUAGGCCUAAAUAACAUCGUGCAAAUCUAUGUCUAGAUUUUAUUUAUCCACUCAGGUUGAAUAUUUUUCAUAUCUACUAAAGUAUAAAACACAUAAAAAUGAAUAAAUUUAUAUGUAGGCUAACUAUAUUAUACAAAUAGGAUGUAUAUUAUCAUAUAUUAUAGAGUUUAUUAAGGACCUUUGCUACCUCAAUAUAUUCCAUACACCACAGAGAUUAUCACUGAUAUUAAUAUUGUUAUGAAUAGAAAAUUAUUGCUAUUUAUUUUACGGAUUUUUUUAUGAUUUACAGCUUUACUCAGGAAUUGUUUUUGAUAUUACCAAUGUCAGAAAAAUGUUUGGAGUUCCUCUUCCAAAAAAUGUAUUUAGUCUUAAAUAUUUUUACUACAUAUAGCUUCGACUAGGAAUGCAGGUGAUUGAAUUGGUAAUUUGUGUUGUAACUAAUUUUUCGUCGACCUCUACUAAAAUUAUUAACAUUGUUGUCAAAUAAUUCACCAAAAUAGCUAUAUCAUUACGGUUAAUGAGUGAUAUUAAUCAAAGCGUUUGAAUCACUUUAUUACGAAAUUUAAAUUUGAGUAAGAUGUCCGGAAUAUUUGUUCUACAAAUUUGAAUAUUUUUCAAUUGUUAAUUGUAAUUUUUAGCUACGGUCGACCUUUAUGGUAGUUUCACAUAUUUUCUACUAAUGCUACUUAUCUGCAAUAUUUUUAUAAGAACAGUACAAUCAGCUAAAUCAAUGUAUUUGUUUGACAAAAUUAUUGUGAUUUGAAUAUUUUGAAUGCCCAAUGUCUUGUUUGACCAAAAAUUGUGUUCAAAUUGGUACAACUAUUGAAUUAUCACAUUUAAUGAGUUAUUUAACUCGAAAACGCAUAAUAAUGCAGGUUUGAUUAUCAAUUUCACUUAAUGUUAUUCCAAAAAUGUCUUAUAUAGUUACUAUUUUUGCUUGCGACUACCAUGAAUUUCUUAAAUUACAGAAUCAAUAUUUCUAAUAUUCUUCUAUCAGCUUUAAAUUUUUUCAUUGAUUUGAUAUUGAUAUUCAGUAGUUGUACGAUAAAUUAUCAAUUGACGAUGAUAAAGUUGUCAAUCGAUGAUACUCACUAAGCAACAAGUGAACCUUUCAGGGAAAACUCAGGUAUUUUAAACAUGGGUUCAAGUAAGGUGUUUAGGUUAGAAUUUAACCUAUAUCUCUCUCACUUACACAUUAUAUUGUGCACUUGAUAUUAUAUCUUACCUCAUUGUCAUAUAUAUGUACAAAAUCCUAUAACAUUGCUAAGUUAUUGUGGAUGCAUUAGUAAUGGUAAUGAUGUGUUUAUGAUAAAUUAAUGUAAUUAGAUUGAUCUAUUUGCUCACAUCAACUCAGGUAAUAUUGUUUUAGUUUGAAAACGUAGAUCGUGUGUGUAUUAUAGUAAACCUAGGAGACAAAUUUUAGUAAUGUCGAUGUUUUUGGCUAAGUUGAUAAUGAACCAUUCCAAAGUAUCUACCUCAACUGUGGCUCUUUCAAGGUCAAAGGCCAAAGUCCAAGAUCACCUGCAUUCUGGGUCAACGCCUAUUGCUUUAACCCUGGCACUCUCACUUUUCUCCUACUCUUAAGAUUAUAAACGAUGUGUUACAAGUAGGUGUGCAAAAUUGUAGUGUUUUUCUAUUCUAUUCGUAUGAAUCGCUUGAUAUCUGUAACAAUAUUAUUGUUGUUUGUUUACAACAACUCGCUACCUAGAUAAUAUUAUCGAAAGUGGGUAGUUGAUAUCUUCAUCUACAUAAUCUAUAUUUUUGCACUUUCUGUGUAGCAUUAUAAUUAUCAAUGAGAGAUGAAGAUAACGAAUCAUUUCACUUCUUUCGAUUCUCAUUAUCUAGUGGUUGUAGUUGUUUUUGAUUUCAAAUUCAAAAAUUUACAUGAUGUGUAAUUAUAAUUAUUAAUGUCCACAGCAGUGUUAAACGGAGAGUUGUAUAAUGUGUGUGGGAAAAUUUUUCUCUUUUUAUUUCUAUAUAAAUAUAUAUAAUAUUAAGCUGUUGAGCGGAAAAUUUUGUGUGUCUGUAAACAAAAAAGGCAUGAAAAUUUUUCGAUAAGUAGGAAAUUCCAUGUUUUAAAUGUGAAAAACCAGUACAAGAAACUUUGUUGUAUAUUAAUAAUUAAUUAUGUGGUAAAGAUAAAACAUUUAGACGAUAAUUGUGUAUGAUGAGUUGUGUAGACAGAGUCUUAUUGCGUGUGUGUGUGUGAGUGAGUGUGUGUGAAAAAGUAUGCGAGUCUAAUAAAUGAGAGCUAGUUAUUAUAUUAAAUAGGUGAUGAAGAAGUUCCAUUGACACAUCCAAAGCCAUGUUACCCCUCUCUCUGUCUCUCUCUUCCGCCCCCGCUGUUACACCCCCACCCCUCACAGGACUCAAUUAGUGGGCUAUUGGUUGAUAUGUAGUUGGAUUCACGUUGAGCUUUCAGCAUUGAUUAUAUGGGAGACAUUGAUGUUACUCAUGAAAAAAGCUGUCUGUUCAAAGGGAAUCCAACUAAAGAUGUGGUACUGGUAUCUAAUAGAUGUACGGCCAUAAGUAAAGUUGUUACAAAUACAAAUCAGAUCUGUGGCACUUUAUAAUGUAAUUGCAUAUUUUAUGAAAACCAUAUGUAGUAAAGAUCAAUGUCCUUACUUUGUCUAUUCCUUAAUUUCUGUAGUUUUUUUCUAUUGAAUUUCUUAAAAUUUAGUCAGUUCAAUUCUGCUUUCAACAUAAUUUAUGCUUUUAAUAAUUUUCGAAUAAUUCUAACAACUGUCCAACAUUAUUAGCUACUAAUAAUAGAUGUCACAUUAAUUUUUCUUCCCCUCUUGAUGAAUUAGCAAGCCUAGUUCUGAAACUUGUGUAGGUAGGAAAAUUUAAAUAAUCCAGCCUAUUGAUUUUUUUUGUCUAGCUAUUUCCUUUGUACAUUUCCGUUAAUCGUGAGCUACACUUGUUCAAGAAAAUCUUAUAAAUAUAGAAUUGCAAAGAAAAUUAAAAAUAAUACAAAACUUUGAUUCAAUAUUCCGGUACAAUCGAACUUAGAUCUACUUAUACUAAAUUUAAUUAUACUAAUCAUAAAAAUUAUGAUAACAGUAACCAUUAUUCUCUAAUUCAAACAUGAAUUUUAUAUUUCUCACCCAAAAUUUCAAGCUGUUAUCUGAUUUUAAUUCAGUUCAUAAUUAUCACUUUUAUCUUUCUUCUCUUUUAAUGAAGCUCUAUUUAUAAAAUUCAAUAUUCAAUAUGACAUUUCAACAAUAAAUAAAUAAAGAUUUAAUAAAUAAUUCAAUUCAAUAAUUAAAUGAAUUAAAACAAUUGAAUGUUUAAACUGUGCAAAUCAACAGGGCUGGUAAAUCAAAACUUUUUUCCAGUGAUAUUUGAUCUUUAGACCUUGGAUCAAAGGAUCCUUUUAUUGAAAUAGACGAAAAAUACAUGAAUUCAUCUACAGCUUAACUGUAAUAACUAUCACUAAUUUUUCAAUGUAAUAAUAAUUGUACUAUUGGCCACUCUAUCUCUACCGACCACUCCAUGCUAAUAGCCCACCCCGUUUUCUGCCAUUGGUGCUCUGUUAUUUACUAACAGAUCUAGCAAUAGUUCACUGAGACGAUAAUCAAAAUAACACUUGAUAUAACAUUACACAUCACACUGGUUAAUAAUAGUAAUGAUAAUUAUUAUCUCCAAUAGUAUCUAGUUAAACAUUACUUUGUUGAGUUUGACAUUAUUUUUUAAUUUGUAACUGAUGAUUAGUGGUUGUUCUGUUAGUUAGGAUUCUACUCUGUGUGGAUGACGUCUAUAGUGAGAUUCACUUUAAACUGUCAUCAUUGGUUGAAUAAGAAGUUUUAAUGUUAUUUAUAAGAAAUGUUGACAGUAUAAAAAGAAUUUCGCUACAUUCUAGCCGUAAGUUUUUUGAUAAUACUUGUACAUAAAUGCAGAUUAAGUUAUAUCGAUGAGCUCAUUGUAAUCAAUACACAGCUGGCUGAUUGGGUUUUAAGACUUUGGGUUUGUGGUUUAUUGAUUUAUUUUGAUAUUAUAUUUUUGAAUGAAUGAAUGAAUGUAUAUUCAGGUUAACAAAGUACAAAAUAUCAAUAAAAGCAAUACAAUAACUCAGGGUUACAUUUUUGGCUGGAAUAUUUAUAAAACUAGCUUGUAAUAGAUGUAGACAUAUUUUAAAUAUUUAGAUAAUGUUUGCAAUCUUCAUAUCACAAUAAUCAUUAUUGUCAUGGAGCUCAUUUCUUCCAUAACAAAUCAUACAAUUAUCAUAAAUUAUUAUUUUCUUUGAAUUUAAUGUCAUUGUUUUAAAUUAUGUCAACACUCUUCGAUUUUUUUUCAUCUUUUCCCCCACAAUAGUGCGUCUGAAUUCUUGUAAAUUAUAUUUCAACUUUUUGUAACGACCUAUUUUCAUGUUUUUCUCAGAUGUAGAAAAGAUCCAAUCAAGUCUUCGACUUUUUUUUCUCCAUAAAUCGAUUCUUUCAUCAAUUUUGAUUUUACAAAACGCGUUCAAUCGUCCAUAUUUCAUAAAAUUGACUCAUUUUUUGGAAGUGAAAAUCUCUAAACCACAAUCCCUUGUCGUAUCUUGGUGCUGUGUAAUAUUUAGAUACUCACAGUCAGCGCAGCUGUGAUUGGUUCUCAGUUUCCACCAAUUGCUGGUCUUUUAGAGUGGAACAUUCCCCCCGCCCCUCACCCUGCGCGUUGUCCUUACAUGAUAGGAUAUUAUAUCCCAGUUCCACUCAAUUAGUCCAGUCAAUUACACAUGAUAUUAUACACAAUAAAAUAGUCCGUGCCAGUUGAAUAGUCCAUUACAACACUGUACAUACCAUUGGAAUUUUACUAUUUUUAUUUACAGCUUGAUAUAUAUUUUUGUUAUAACCGACAAUAGAGUUUAUUACGUUGAUGUAAAUAUAUAUAGUAAUAGAUAACGACUACGAUGAAGAUGAUUGAUCAAAGGAUUAUAAUACUAUAGAUAAAUGAGAAUAUAUAUUUUUAACAAUGUACAAUAGGCAUAGAUGCAAUUGAUGAUUGAUGUUGAUGAUGAUUAUGGUGUGGUCAUUGGAGCUUCUUCGCACAGCUGGACAUUGUAGAGUCUGCUUUUAGGCACCUUUUAGAUAGUUUAAAUAAUAUUUUAAGGCGUUGAGGUGCCUAAACUGCAGUAUUUGGAUUCGCUCAAAGUCGGUUGAGAAGGCGGCUAGCCUCUUACAGGGUGUCCCGCACCUGGUUGGAGGCUAGCUGCCUUGUGAUUGGUCGGCCGGCCCGUACAGCGACUAGCCUCAAGCACCUGGUUUGAGGCUAGCCCCUUGUGAUUGGUCGCCCCGCCCCCCGGCCCGUCCACUGAAUGUGUUUCUGUUGUUCUACCUCUCUCGCAUACUUUGUUCUAUUAUUAGUUAUUGAUUAAUUUUAAUCAUACAAUAUUAUAAAUAUAUAUAUAUAUAAUUUCUAUUAUAAUCAAUACAAAACAAUCAUUAUUUUUUAUUAAGAUAGUUUCUAUAUAUUGUAAACUCUUUACUUAUAGUUUUUCUGUUUGUUUCAUUAUCAUUUUAAGUGAUAAAAUCAGCACCCGAAAGGGGUUACGCAUCAAAGUGUGGUUGUUUUUAAAAACACAUACUAUUGAUUCGUUGUACGAAAGAUAAUUAUUUUUAUUUUAUAAUUAUAUGUAUUUGUGUUAUUUUACCUUGCGCCAAUCACACUUUAAAUAAAAUAACUGUGUACUUGUGUACAUUGAUGGAAGCCAUUUUCAGGAUGAACGUUAGAAAUAUUGCUUGUGUAGAUUCUAUCAAUGAAUGUGUUGAAGCUGUUUCGCCCGUGCUACAAAGUAGGUUUAAGUAGGCUUUAGAUUACACAUUUGCGAGACAACUUGAACGCAUCUAUAGGAUAGAUCAGUGUUAUCAAAAUUAGUUCAUUUUUGAAAUGGGGUUUUCGGCCAAUUUGAAUUUGCAAACUACCCAGGUUUUGGUUCACGUUUUAUUUUUUUAAGAAAAUGUUCGAAUUUAUCAAUUUCUCAUUAUUAAUCGUUUUUCAUUAAAAAUCUGGUGUGGCGCACUCACACAACUUUCCUUGCCGUUAUGAAAAUUGAUCACCUGACGCUAGUGUUCACGCGCAUCUCAAGUCUACUUUUCCAAGAUCUGAGCCAGCUGGUGACGGGACAAUAAUGCUGGAGACACACGAGGUCUGCUAUCUCUUCAUAGUGAAUGAUAGCAUCAACAGUUUGCAAUUGAAUAAUCACAUUUUCUCAAAUUCCGAGCUUAUUUCAAUUUUAGGUGAAAAUUUUACUGAACAUUAAUUGUAGAGAUUUUCAUGCUCAAUCUUUUCCACUUGAAAUUUUUUGUUUAAAAUGUAUCUGAUGCUUGAUAAUUGGGAAUCUAAAAUCGAACUUUGCAUAGAUGGGGCGGAGCUCCUGAAAUUUUUACAGAUAUGGAACUUGUGGCAAUUGAUAGAGCUUAUCAAUGACUAUAUUAGGUAUAAAUUUGAUCAAAAUCGUUGGAGCCGAUUUUGAGAAAAUCUAAAAAAACUGUUUUUGAUAACAUUUUUGCAAUUUAGCCGCCAUCUUGUAUUGCAUUUGAUCGAAAUUGUUCAUGUCUGAUCCUUAUAGUGUAAGGACCUUAAGCUCCAAAUUUCAAGUUAUUCCGUUAGUUGGGAGAUGAGAUAUCGUGUACACAGACGCACAUACACUCAUACACACACAUAUACAGACCAAUACCCAAAAGCCACUUUUUGGACUCAGGGGACCUUGAAACGUAUAGAAAUUUGGAAAAUGGGGUACCUUAAUUUUUUUCGGAAAGCGAAAUUACUAUGGUAAUAGGGCAAGGAGAGUAAAAAUGGCCUGAGUAGAAUACAACAACUUCAUGAUUACAACAUUUCAAUAAUUAAGUUUCAAAUAAUUUUCAACUGUAUUCCUAAUCAAAGGAUUUCAGUUAAUUAUACGAUACUGUAUUUCAAUACUUCCAGAGUUUUGAUAGAGUAUUUUACUCAAUUACCAAUUUAAUGUUGCAAGCUUUUUGUAAUUCUACCGUGAACGUUAAUUUUUAUUAUUCAAGAUAUUUAAAAAAUCUUAAUGCGUUUUUCUGUGUCAAUUUCACUAAUUGGGUGUAUUUACUUGGAUUAUAAAUUUGCUCAAGUAUUGAAUUUGUUUAGUUGAUGUUUCUCCUGAACUUGGCUUCUCCAGUGUGUUUAAGCGCAAAGUCUUGUACUUAGUUGGAACUCGUAAGUUCGUCAGCAACAUUUGAAAUUGUUUUGUUUUCAUUUUUGAUUAUUUUAUUACAGAUGGGCAUUUUUUCUAUUUGCAAUUAAAUCCUUUACUGGAUAGCAUGACUCAUUUUAUGCCUAUUUCAAGUUGCAGUUGUAAAUAUAUGAUUUUUCUUGAAAUUUUUAUUUUGAUUGAUAUGAUACAAUUAUUAGAUUAUAUUAUGUUAAUGAAUACAAUUAACAUCUAUGUAAAAAUGUGUUCAUAUAAACGUAUUUUUCCCCAAGGCAACAAUUUAUACAUGUUCUUAGGUCUAAGAUUUGGUUAUUUGAGCGAGCAAAGGCUUGGUUAUGAUGUUGAAACAUUGAUAUACUCACAAUUGAAGUUACAUAAAUUUUUGUUUUAAAUUUGGAAAAGAAAUUGGAAAUAGAAUCAAGCAUAAGCUUCAAGCAAUUACAAGCUUCUAUCAUUCUAAAUUCUAGGCUUGUAUCCUGCCAGAAUUAGUGGAUUUUUUGUUGCUGUUAACAUAAAACUGAUUAAUUUUAGUGCAUAAAACAUAAAGUUUUAAAAUAAAUUCUCCCAACUUUUAAAUAUUUUAAUUUUUACAAAAAGAAAUCAUAGCUUUAUCUUCACUUUUUCAACUUUCCCACUCCACUAUUUGUCUGUUUCGAUUUUUUUUAUAGAGAGUUGAGUUUUAACGUCCCAUACAUUAUUAUACACGAAGUUGGUGUCCUGUGUAAAUCAUUAUCAUUUUAUAUCGGCAGCAAACAAAAUAUUCAACUCUUUUAGGUGGCAGUUGUUGAUUCAAGAAACUAUUGAUUAAAAUGGAUUCAAAAGUUCAAAAUUGAAAAAAUGAAAUGUUUGAGAAUCAAGGUUUUUUGCUGCAACCAAGUUUUUGGUCCCAAAUGGUUUGUAAAAAUUUGAACCGAUGGAUGAUGAAUUGAAGGUGUGCUAAUUUUUUAGAAAUUGAGAAAAAAAUUACAAUGUAAUUGAACUUUUGUGAAAAAUGUUUUGAAAAUCGAAAAGGAUUUUUUAAAACUCUUGGUAGAAAUCAAAAUUUGGUAAAUUCGAUACCUAAAAUUGAGAUGAUAAGAGUAAGCUUUAAUUAUUGGAAAAAUAUAGUUGGUAAAAAUGUUAAAUCGAAAAGGAAUGCCACCUUCAAACAGCUUUCCAUUGUGUUAAUGUACGAUGCAACAGUGCAGAAAGCAUGUGAUCUUCAAGUUUUAUUCGGGUCAAAAAUUUUCUUACACUAUCUUUCAGCACUGUUGAUGGUGAUUUUAAUGUGGCAGUGAUUCUAGGUGUUAGUCAUUUUUCUUUGAAAACAAUCGAGAAAUUCUAAUGGAGAAUUACAUUUUUUGCAUGUACCUGUUAAUUUAGUGUGAGUUUUUAAUGUUAGUCUACUUCUAUUCAGAUUCAAUAAUGAAACAGGUUGUCGAAUUUAAAAAAGUAACAUUUUGAAGAAUUGAUAAUAGGUGGAAAAAAAAUUCCUGAUCUGCAAAACAGUUAUAAAUUGUAUAAUGUAAUAUUCGGCUUUCUUACUUUUAAAGUAACAAAUACUGCACAUUUACUUGUUUGGCAAAAUAACUCACUUGUGGUUUUCGGCUGUUUUCUAUUAAUCUUUGACAUGGUUUCAGUAAACUAUGUUUAAAUCUUGUUGAUAAAGUGAUAAAAACUAUUUAUCAAUAUUAUUAUGUAUUUAAUUGUAUUUAAAAAUACUACCCUUUAUUGGUUUUAGUAUUUCAAGUCUGUCACAGACUCUAAAUUUCUUAUUAUUUAUUUAAUGAAAAUUAAGUGAUUUAGUCAUCUUUUCCAACUUAGGAUGUAAGCUUCUAGUUUAGAUUGGGCAAAGUCUAUUCGAAUUGAUACCAUCACUUGUAAUUAAGAACUUUCUGUGAUGAUUACACGAAUUUUAAUUCCCUAAAACCAAAUUCAUAAUUCAGGCUUUUAUCUAUAAUAUUGAUUAUUCUACAAAAUUGCAAUAUUUCAUAGGAAGGAAAAGUCGUGGGAUACAAGGAAGUCCAUGUUCACUGUUCUUGAAGCACGACGCACUAUGUAAUGAAUCUAUAGUGUGUUGGUAACUUUUCCCUGCAUUGCUGGACUUGUAUUUUUAUGGAAGAGGACCCUGAAAGUUUAAUUUUUAACUUCUGAAGAUAAAUACUGUAGUGCUCGCUUUAUUCAGUUUCUUUCCCCAUUCAUUCAGAUUCUUUCCCCAUUGCUAUCUCUAUAAUCUAUAGUGAAACAGAAACCAUUUCAAAUAUUACUGGUUCAAAAUUACUAAUAUUCUAGUAGCAAAUUGAUAUUUGGCUUGUCAAUUUCGAAAAAUUGUAUGUGAUAUUUGUACUCUAAAAGUGAAGUUAAAAAAUGUUUGGCGAGAGUCUUACAACAGACUCGUUUCUGUAAAUUUUUAUUGGUUUAUUUUCAAGAUUUUCAAAAAAUCUUCUAGUAAUCUCUUUUCCGCUUCUAAAGCGUUACGUAUUAGUAAAAAUUGUAAUCGAUGAAGUUGAUUGUUUAGUUUUAAUGAAUUAUUAUUGUACAAAUUUCUAAAUCACCUCGUAAUAGUAGGACUAUUAGAGGUACUGCCACUUGAAUCAGGUGUAGUUUAGGUCGUUGGGCAAAAUUCGCUCUUUAGAAUAAUAAUUGAUUGUUUGUAUCAUCUACUACUUAUUGGUAUUGUUCGACUUUUUGUGUGUUAGUUGGUCGAUAAUAACACAACAUGGAAAGGAAAUGUAUUAUUUUGUAAUUGUUCUAAGUAUAAAAUGAUUGUUUGGUGUUCAAGUAAUAAAUUAAAAAUGUGUGUCGAUUACAAGUCUUGUGGAUGUAAAUUAAUUAAUAAAUUAAUAAUACUAGGCUAAAGGGAAUUUUAAAAGUGUUUUGAUUAUUAUUAUUAGACAUAAGGUGUGCUAAAGCUUGUACUUUGUAAUGUAUAUUGACCCUCCAUGUUGUGUUAUUUCUAUGGUAGAAUUUUGUCUUUUUUCGAAAAAUUUGUAGUUUACACUAGUAUUAUUGGCUGUUGUAGGAAAAUUGAUAUUUUUUCUAGGUGUGUAUAAAUUGUUGCCACGUUUCUCUAAGAAAAUUGUCGUGUAAAACAAAACUUUUGAAAUCAUUGGUUUGUGAUUUUUAGAAAUUCUAAUCGUUUGGUCCAUGUUGAUAUAAAAUUUACUGUUAUUGAGUGUACUCUACUCUAUGUACCACUCUUAUAUUAUUUUCUAAAAGGUCUACUCUUCUACAACCAUCUUGCGCUCUUCUUUCAAAACGGAGAUGGAAUUUGUAACAAAGCCGAGUUUGACGGUUGAAAUAAAUGCCUUACAUUAAUAUUAUUAAUUUUGGUAAAGAUCAUUGAAAUUAAUGACAUUGUCAAUAAGAAUGAUUAUUUGUAUUGAGACGUAGACCACAAUAUUUCAAGAGUAACAAGCGUUAUUAAUAUAAAUUAUUAAAAAGAAAUAAAAAUGUUUGUAAGGUCAUGAUGAAAGUCUUAAUGAAAAAAUUACAGAUACUAAUAAAUGAAAUUUGUUGCUUU